AUGGACAAUUGCAGAAGCUCCAGCCGAAAGUAUAAACUCUCUGCUGGGGAUUCUACCUUCGGUAAGCCAACAGUCAGGGGCUCAGUAACGAACGAUAAUUUGAGUGAGGAAGGAGAAAUUGAAUUUGAAGGAUGGGUUGAAUUUGUAACUAAGAAUAGUAAUGAAGAUACUAACAUUUCUCACGAGAAAAAAAAAAGACAUAGUCGAAAUAGAAAUCAUACUGUAAGCUUAUCUAACAUAGCAAAAGAUGAUAUUGUAUUUAAUAAAAGUAGAAAAAGAGAUAAACAGUUAAAAAGAGAUUCAAAAAAAAGAAAUGAAAUUAAUACAGAUUAUAUGUAUAGCAAUAAUAAUAAUAAUAUAUAUGCCAAUUAUGUAUAUAAACAACCUAACGAGAUUUCAAAUAGUAAUAUUAUUUAUACGCUAAGAAAUAAUCAUCAGAAUAAUAAUAUGGUUACACCAUUAUAUAUUAAUACUCAAACAAAAACAAAUGAUAACCUUAUUAAUAUAUUAAGUCCUAACUAUGUAGAUCCUGCACCACCUAUUGUUCUAAAAAAUCAACAAGUCCUUCCUCAAUUAUAUAUAAGACAACCACCAACAGUUAUUGUAACUAAUGAGCCUAGACCUCCAUUAGUUAUUAACCCACCACCAGCAAAUAUUAUAUUUAAAAAUAAAUCACCACAACCAAUAUAUGUUAAUAGUACUAGACCAAAUAUAAUAAUUAAAAAUGACCCUCCUACUGUUCAAAAUCCUAUUAAUAUGGAUACUACACCAGUACAAUUAGAUAUGCCAACAGAAAAUAUUACAAUGAACAAAGAAACAAUAAAAUAUCCUUAUGUAAUGAAUAUAAAAAAGGAUUCAGUUUUAGACAAUAGAAAUGUGUACUUAAAAGGAAGUGUAUCAAGUACCAAUGCAUCAGUAUCACCAACAAAUGUUAUAUAUCUAGAUAAUAAUAAUAAUAAUAAUAAUAUGAAUGAUAUAAAUCAACAGAAUGUACCAAAUAUUUAUAUGUUGAAUAAUAACCAAACUGCACAUUUACAACAAACACCAAAUGCAUAUGCAACCAUAGCACCAAUUAAUAACCAUCAAAUACAAACACAGCCAACAAAUACAGUACAAUAUAUUCAACCAAAUUAUGAACAAGUCAUAACACAAGUAGAUCAAAAUGGUAAUGUAUACAAUCAACAGCUUGUAGGAAAUACAGUAAUGCAAAAUAUGACACAACAAGGGGUAAGCACUUUAAAUUUCCCUGCAGCGGUAAAUACCUUAAACGUUCCUUCAACAAUGAAUAAUGUAUGUAUACCACAAACAGUUUGUAGUACUAAUAAUACACCAUCUCAACAAGUACAAUAUAUUGCUCAAUCACAAACAUAUGAACCUUAUAAUAAUACACAAAAUACAACAAUUUAUGAAAGAAAUUAUGUACCACAAAUGACACAAAAUAACUUGCCAAAUAAUGUAGUACAACAAUAUAUUCCAACCACAACUACAAUGGUACAAGAAAGUGUACAGAAUACACCAGCUUCUCAAUAUAGAAUAAUUGUUCCUAAUAAUGAUAAUACUCAAUCACCAAAUAUUAUAAGAAAUUACAAUAAUAUUUCAAAUACAAAAAAUAAUGUUAAUAAAGCUAUAAUGCAACCAACUUAUAACUCUAGUGAAAUUUUACCUUCCUGUUCUCCAUCAGGAUGUGCAUCAGCAAAUAAAGUUACGCAUGUACAAAAUGUUAGAAGAAAUUCAUAUAUAAAUCCACACUCCCAUAGUAUGCAUGAAACUCCAAAAAAGGUACAAAUAAUAGCACGACCCAUGCAUGAACAAAAUUUAAGAACAUACAGUUUGUGUAGAUAA